ACAAGUACGCAUAUAUAUAAAAAUUUGUAACAAAAAACAUAAAUAAAUGUCGAUCAUUGGCGGUGAUGUCGAAUCGGUAUCACCGAGUUCCACCGCCGGAUCGACACCGGCGACACCCAGAAAUCGUGUCAAAUUCCUAUGUAGCCAUGGUGGCAAGAUCCUCCCUCGUCCCACCGACGGCCAUCUCAAAUACGUUGGAGGGGAAACACGAGUAAUCUCUGUGUUACGUGACAUUACGUUUUUAGAACUUAAGAAGAAGCUAACUAGCAUGUUCGACGGUGAAAUGAUCUUAAAGUAUCAGUUACUGCCAGAGGAUCUUGACGUAUUAGUUACGGUAAAAUCAGAUGAAGAUGUACGCCACAUGGUUGACGAAUGUGAUAGACACGAAGAGCUAGGAGCACCAAGACUUCGGGCCUUCCUUUUUCCUGCGAAUCAAGUUGUUACAGUAAACCAUUUGGGCCCGAUAAUGGAUCACUACUCUCUUGAGCAAAGAUAUAUAAAUUGCCUCAAUGGGAUUACAAUUCAUCCAACAUCACCACCAUUAUGCAACAAUUUUAGACAAAUCCCGGUUAACACUAGGCACACGACUUUCAGCAUUUCCUCUGCUUGUUCUUCCCCUAGAACACUGCCUGAAACAAAUAGUACGGUUACAAACUCUGAAGUAGUCAACACUAGUCUUCAUGGUAAGACUAGUUCAUUAACUAGAAACCAUAGUUCACCUAGUUUGUCUAAUCUUGGUUGCAGUUCUAUAACAAACCACCAGAACCAGAUUGUGACGGCGAACCAAACCAACCAACAACUGCCACAGUCACCACAACCGAACCAUUUUCAUCCACACUUUCAUACUCAUCACCACUCCCAACCCCACAUGUCUCCAAAACCACCGUUGGAUCGCAAUCCUUACAAGACUCCUUCUGGACCCGAGAAUAUUGGCAGGAUAAGGUCUGAGUAUUACAAGCAUCAAAUGGAUUAUUCACCGUCAUCUUAUAACGUUAGAGGGAAUAGAGGGGGACAAAUGCACUAUCAAAGAGGUUCAGUACCUUAUGAUGAUUACUAUGGGAAUUAUAGGUAUGACCGAAGCAAUAGUCCUCCAAGCCCUGAUGUCGUGUCUCCAAGUCAUAGGAUUACUUCAGGACGCUAUGAAUCAUGA